GGUGAGUGGAACGCGCACAUUUUGGGAAGAAAAACGCAUGAAUUGCGAGCCCCCGCCGAACUGUGGGCCUUUUGGAAAGAAUUGCGGUGCUCUAACCUAUCCAUUUCGGAACUAGAUUCUUCGAGCGGUGCUUCUCUUUCAAUCAAAACCCAGGGCAGUCUUGAGAAUAUUGUCACCUACUUCGGGCAUCUCGCCUCUUUGUGGAAUAGUUACGUAUGACAAGCAACGACCCGCAUUCACAAACGAUUUUUCUAUAGCCCUGGUAUCGAAUAGAAAGCCUCACCCUGUGCAGCCACGGUAUUAUUCCGUAAUAGUUGGCCCCGGCUGCUCCCGUGUUGUAAAACGUCCUCUGCCACGGUCGCUUGCAGAAGCGUCGUGUGAAUAGCGACUGGGCCAGUAUAUUUUCACUUUCGCCUUCACCUUCAAGCGUAGCUACCUAAAUAUUGAUUUGGAUUACAUGUGUGCAGCAUAUGCAGAACCAUAGUUGUUGUUUUCUGUGGACACAGUUCAAGCUACCAAUGUCGAAACUUGCAGGAGGAAAGUGCUGCUUGUUCGCCCUUCUCGUGAACUCGGCGCUCGCAGUAAAAGUAAUGUCAGUUGUCUCGCCAUUCGGCCUCCGCGAAGAAGCAUCGUCGCCACACGCAGAACAAGUAGCCUCCGCGACUAUAAAUCAUGCGAAUGGUGGUCGCGAUGGGCCGCGUCUGCAUCGCGUCCGCCGGCAUGUAGACCUCCGACAAUUCGCGGAAGACGCUGCGACACACAGAAGCCCACAAUCCCCGAGCCCGCAAUCCCCGACGCAGACAGGACGACUGGACCGGAACGCACAAUCAAGGACGACUCGACCGGAACGAUUGGCGACGUACAGCUGCCCGCAACCCCCGACACACAGCCGCCCGCAAUCCCCGACGCACAGCCGCCCGCAAUCCCCGAGUCGCAGCAUUGUGCUGGGAUCGUUGCCGACCUACUCGAUGGCGCGGGACAACAAUGUGGAUCAUUUUUAUAUUGCAUCGAGUUCGAGGCGAAACGGCAACGGCGAUCAUGUAGGGAGCGGCGCGACAUCUUUGUCGGCCUUGCUGCCAAGGAGCAGAACGCCUUACCUGCUUAGGUCUCCUUCGGAUAUGUCGGAUGAUCGUCCAGCAUCUUUAUCUUUACUUUCCCCGUUCAGAUUACCUCCAUCGUUGUGGGAUGAAGAUGAAUCUGGGUCAGACUAUGAAUCUAACUUUCUCGACGGGCCUGGUGCUGGCGGUUGAGAAAGAUUCGCCAGUACGAGCACUACAUUCCCGUGUGUCGGAACCUAAAGGACUUGCGCGACAAGUUAAAUUUCAUCGUGGAAAAUCAAAAUGACCACCGGGCGGUGUGCUGUUUCAUUAUCUUCUACAAAAAUUUCAUUUGGAUACUUUCACUAUAUUGAAAACUAAAAUCCCCAAGGGAAGUUUGAAAAUGAGCACUGUAGCAUAGCGAACUGAGAAUAUUUUUGGACUGAUACUCCUAGCGCACUGAUGCUUUCACUGUAAGCUGUACAUAGCCCAGGGUAAUAAUAAUUUCGCUUUCGAAAACAUAAGCAAAGCUUUUUCAGAAAACCAGAAAUACCUAGCUUUCAAGCUUCUACUUAUCCAGGUCCAGCCACUAUCUCUAUCCCGUUGCACGAAGC